GACAAACAGUACAAAGUUUAUUGCGGAAGUUAAGAUUUAAUCUCUUGAAGCAGUUUAUUAAAUCUCUAACAUCUAUCCUUCACAAACUGAGGAACUCCUGUUCUUACUAAGAGCUCGUACACAUUCCACGUUCUUUUAAAAACCCUGCUGGAGCAAAGUCUUUUAUCUGCUGCCAUUCCAGUACUAAAAGUUCCUCCCGCUUUGCUUUGAAAUGGCCCUUGUCUGUUUGUCAGACUUUGAAGCUUAUGCUAAAAAGCAUCUUCCCAAGGCCGUCUGGGAUUAUUUUGCAGCGGGUGCUGAUGAAUGUUAUACGCGAGAAGACAAUCUCAUGGCAUAUAAAAGAAUCUAUUUACGGCCACGUGUGCUCCGGGAUAUGUCUACAAUAGAUCCAAGGACCACUGUUCUUGGCUCUGCAAUUGACUUCCCAGUGGGGAUUGCUCCUACCGGCUUCCACGGUUUGGCCUGUCCGGAUGGAGAGCAGAGCACAGCUAGAGCUGCAGAAGCUAUGAACACCUGCUACAUAGCCAGCACAUAUUCCACUUGCUCUGUGGAAGAAAUAGUUGCUGCCGCACCAACUGGUUUACGAUGGUUCCAACUCUACCUCCACCGGAAGAGGACAUUCUCAGAGCAGCUGGUGCGACGGGUGGAUUCAUUGGGAUUCAAAGCCCUGGUGCUCACUGUUGAUGUACCGUACACCGGCAAAAGGCGGAAUGACAUUCGCAACAACUACCAGUUCUUGAAUUCCAUCCAGGUGAAGAACUUUAAAGGCGCUUUUGAGGAUGAAGACCAGACAGAAUAUGGUCUGCCUCCUGGCUCCAUAGACCCUUCUGUCAACUGGAGUGACAUCACCUGGCUACAGAGCCUGACCCGCCUGCCAAUCAUCAUCAAGGGGAUUCUGACAAAGGAAGAUGCUGAGCUGGCAGUGAGACACGGCGUUCAAGGGAUAAUUGUAUCCAACCAUGGAGGAAGACAGCUAGAUGGGGUCCUUUCAACCAUUGCUGCUCUGGUUGAAGUUACUACUGCCGUGCAAGGCAAAAUCGAAGUUUACUUGGAUGGUGGAAUACGAACUGGAAACGAUGUAUUAAAAGCACUGGCACUUGGAGCAAAAUGUGUCUUCAUUGGAAGGCCUACUAUGUGGGGUCUGGCCUACAAGGGUAAAGAAGGACUUCAAGAAGUUUUGAAGAUUUUAAAAGAUGAAUUUUGUUUGUCCAUGGCUCUCACGGGAUGUAAAAACGUCUCAGAAAUUGGCCGGCAUCUUGUUCAGUAUUCCAAGUUGUAAAGAACUUUUCUGCAGCACUCAUCAGACCAGCAGCACUAUGCUAGCUAAAGAAAGAGCUCUGAGUGAUUAAAAAUGAGGGAGAAAACCCAGUCACCAA